AUGUUUUGUUGCACCUUCACUCAAGCCUGCCGUGCCCAACCUGGUGGCGUACCCCGACUAGAUGUGAGUACUGUCAAAAGAAUGUUCCCUCCAGCGCAGGUAGCGCAAUGGCCGCCGGGAUAUCUUCCGGCGUGUGGCGUCGCACACUUCCUGAGCCCCGAUGGCGUCCCACUUGCUGAUGUGAUUGAUUGCCACCGCGACAUGAGGGCAGACCGCCGUUGCCAGCUUCAGCGGGAUUUUGCUGCAGAUUAUACGAUGUGGUGCCGGGCAACAUUAAUGGACUUUGUACGUCGCCUUAACGAGAGGGACCGACGUCGCAUGAAGCGUUUUUGUAUGCGCGACCGAACGAUGCAUGAUGCUGAAGUCCGCGAGUUGCUCGGUCUUGCCCCAUACGUAGCCCCACGAGCACAACCGUCGCAGGAAACUGUCGGUACUAGCGCGGCACCCAAAUGGGGGAGUUGUUACGAAUUCACCCCUUUUGCUGUGACACAAGGUCACGCCAUGCUUCCCGUGUCGCAGUGCAACGGGUCGGACGCACGUAUGUACUUAUCAACAUUCCCACAGAUAAGAAACAUCAUGCAUACAGAGUUCGACAGCAUGGGGCCCGCACGUGCCAUAGCACUUCUCUCCGGUGAUGAUUUCUUUCCGACAGCUGAGUGUCUUCAGGAACUGGUGUUGUACCUCCGGAGCCGGGUGGGCGAAAUUAUCGCUGCGGAAAAGGCAUUUCGCGGUUCCUCUCUGUUCACUGAGCGCGGUAGGGAUGCCAAUGACGGAGACCAGCAUGAGGCCGAUGCCGGUCAACCGUUCUCUCUUGAUACACCUGUUGUUUCUUUUUUUGGUAACGGGCGUCUGGCGUGGUUAUUAAACAACAGCGGCCUCCUCCCUUUCCCUGUGGUGCCUGUGCAACCGCCCGAGUACGCCGCGAGAAGACAGCGCCGCAACAAACAUUUGCUCUCCCGUGAUGGGUUUGUUUCAGAAUUAUUUGGGCAUGGAGUACUUCCUGAAAGCUUCACUACCGUGUUUCCUUGCGAGACAAUCACCGUCCCUGAUGCCCUUCGCAAGUACCGCCCGUGUGUUGUGCUUGUGGAGCCGCAUGUCGAUAGGGACUGGUUGUGCGAUCUCCGCGGGUUUUAUACAACGAGGGAGGUGGUGUUGCUCGGGUCCGUAGACUCGCCAGCGAUGUGCUCGUUUGGUUUUCCUUUUUUGUCUUUCGGCGUUAUGGCCGGGCCCACUACCUAUUGGGCAUACAAUGAGGCAUUACAACGAGUGUCAGCAGCCGAGAGAAUUCAAAUGCCUGUGGAUCCACCACACGUGUCACAGGGCUAUGCACGCCGUCCAAUCGACAAUAUAUCGUCCUACCUGAUUUCUCCAAACGACUGCUAUGCGUUUAGCUACCAGCAUCGAUGUCUUUCCUUCAUUCGCAAGGAAUACCCUAUUUCCAGAGGGCGGUGCACAGAAGCAAUAUGCAACACGUCACCAGAGCUUUGUCCCUCGAAUAUGGUUGCCGGUGAGAAGCACCAAAUAUGA